UUUUUCUUUCCAAUUCUGGUCUUAAAAAAAAUUAAAAAAUUAAACUAUUAAUUUCUUUUUUUGUUUAAAAAUAAAAGAAAAAAGAAAAAUGAAAAUUCCAACCCUUCAUUUUUAUAUCUAAGCAGGGGGGCGAUAGAACCUUCAAACACAAAGCCAAACGCAAAACCUUUCAUCUUCCUUCACUCUCACCCACACAAUCACAAUCACACACACGCACACUCUCCUCUUUCUCUCUGUAGAAAAGAGAAACUCACUCAAUCCCCGGCGGAUUCUCUGAUCAGUUUUCCGGCGAUGGAGAGAGAAUGAAGGAGCACUAUAAUAGGCCAGGGCGAUCAUGUCAGUUUCGUGCUCGGACUGCUUCUCCGACCUACUCUGCGGCGAGGACUCCGGAAUCGUAUCGGAGGAGUAUUCGCCGGAAUGCUCAUCCGACCUGGAUUCUCCAGCUUGCAGUGAGGAAUCGAUCGCUAGUUUUAUAGAGGAUGAGAGGAACUUUGUUCCUGGAUUCGAUUACCUCGCUCGAGUCCGCUCUCAUCCUCUUGACGCGUCCGCUAGAGCUUACUCCGUCGCAUGGAUUCUUAAGGUUCAUUCUUAUUACGGUUUUCAGCCGCUGACGGCAUAUCUCUCCGUUAACUACUUGGAUCGGUUCUUGUAUUCUCGCCGCCUGCCGCAUACGGGUGGGUGGCCGUUGCAACUGUUGUCUGUUGCUUGCUUGUCAUUGGCCGCAAAAAUGGAGGAACCACUGGUUCCAUCUCUAUUGGAUCUUCAGGUCGAGGGAGCCAAGUACAUUUUCGAACCCAGAACAAUUCGCAGGAUGGAACUUCUUGUUCUGAAUGUUUUGGAUUGGAGGCUAAGAUCUAUUACACCAUUUAGUUUCACCGGUUUCUUUGCAUGCAAGCUCGAUUUAACUGGAGCUUUCACUGGGUUUCUGAUUUCACGUGCCACUGAAAUAAUCUUAUCCAAUAUCCAAGAGGCCAGCUUUCUUGAAUAUUGGCCAUCAUGCAUUGCUGCAGCAGCGAUACUUUCGGCAGCCAAUGAAAUCCCAAGUUUUUCUAUGGUAAAAGCGGAACAUGCUGAAUUAUGGUGUGAUGGACUAAGCAAAGAGAAAAUCAUCGGCUGCUACCAGCUAAUGAAAGAUAUUCUGAUUGAGAGUACUAGUUGCCGGAAAAAGACACCAAAAAUAAUACCGCAGUUUCGGGUUACAGCUCGAUCUAGAGUGAGAUCAGGUACAGACGAUUCAUCCUCAUCAUCAUCAUCCUCAUCCUCGUCAUCAUCUUAUAAAAGGAGGAAAUUAAAUAACUGCUUAUGGGUAGAUGAUGACAAAGGAAAUUCCGAGUGAGGGGAAAAAGGAGCGCAUAAUAAAGAAAAGAAAAAAAAAGGAAAAUAGUGGCCCAAGUUGUCUAGAGAAACCUCAAUAUUUUUUUGGAGGGUUUUGAGAAAUUGAGAUUAAUAUUGACUUUGGGUGAUGGUGUAGAUUAAUUAUAUAGUAUAUGAAAAAAAAUAUUAUAUAAUGUAUGUAUGAGAGAGUUUGGUGAGUUCGUAGAUUUGUUAAUUUUUUUAGGUGGGCAUUGCCAUUCAUUUCAUUUAAUGGCUUUGCAGAUUCCCAAGGGAAGGGGAUUUGAUUUGUUUUGUUAAUAUUUUGGUGUGUGAGAAAAAAGUGAGGGAAAAGACAGAGACAGAUCUGUUUUAAUAGUGGAGUCAUGGAGUGUGAAAGUUAAGUGGGGGAUUGAAUUCAAAGACAGCAUUGAUUAUUGAAUGAAAAGGGGGUGGUGGAGUUGGUGGGACCAAUGAAUACAUAUUUAUGGGUUUGAUGAAAAAAGAGGAAGAUAGGUUUUAAUUUAUCAAAAGGGUUUGGCAAUACGAGAGAAAUUGAACUUUGGAGUUUGAGCCGCAGUUUCAAAUGGGAUUUUUAAGUCGAUCAAGCUUCCACUCACCUUAUGGCCUGGUCUCCAUCAUUGCUUCAAGUUUGAUCUGCCUCUUUCGAUAGAAGAAAAACCAAAUUAUUGCAACAAUCAACAAGAGAAGAGAUCUCAGAAUAAGAUGGCUCCAUAAUAGUAAUUUUCAUUUCUUUAGUAUUACUACAUACUUCUAGACUUUUGAGUGGUAUGUGUGCUUCGCAAAGGUGUGUGGCGCACACGUGUGUAUGCGUGCUUUUUUGGCGGGAACUGCCUCUUCUAUUGGCCCUGAAGUUGGCCUUACGUUUUUUCUUAACUAUACAUGAGGGAAUUACUCUUUCAAGACUGAGUGCUCACGUGGUGGUGGUCACACGUGUUUCACCAUUUUUUUUUUGUUUUUAAUUUUCAAAUUUUAUUUGAGUUUCCUUUCGGGAGGGAAAACUGAAACAAUCCCCGCUCGUGGCUUUUUUUUGUUUUGUUUUGUUAAAUUAUUGAAAAGAAAAGGCAUAAACAAAGGUCUUUGGGGCCUUCGUUCGUGCAAGAUGUAAUGGACUGAUGAAUA